AUGGAGAGUAUCCUGGACAACCAUGUCAACACAACACCUACUGGCACUCGUAAAUCCCCAUCUGGGGAAGCUGAUCAAAGUCAGCAUGAUGAAACAUCUAACACCGAAUCAACAACACUAACGAAUAGUGUGUUUCCCGUAGCCUCACUCAGUCCACCUUCAGAAAUAUACGAUGCAUCCUUAGCGAUUAAAAAUGCCGUAAACCACAAUGAUUUGGCAGAUUACGAUGCUACAUGUCGAGAUUCUUCUAUGCAAGACCAACCACAAUUGCCAAAAAAGCUGAGUCCGUAAGUUUUAUAUUGCACGAAGCAUUUUUCUUUGGUUAAAUAGGAUGUCUGAAUUGUAAAAGUUUGAGAAUCAAACAAGAUAUGGCUAUUGCGAUUACUAGUUUGUAAGGUAGUGCAGAUGUUAAUAUAGUUGUUCCCAACUGAGACUUCAGGAAAUCUGCACUCGUCGAGGACAAUCUAGAAUCUGUGUUCAGCGGAAAAUGUAUGUAGACGAAAAAAACAUUUACUCAUCAACACUUAUACAACUAAUCCUAUCUUCUAACAACAUGGAUUGUAGUUGUAUAUCUUGACUUAUUGCACCAUACGAUUUUGAAUGAAUGUUUUUUGUUUGCCUGAAUACGUGUAUUUAAUUGGGAGGUAAUGAUGUUUGGAAAGUGUUUGAUUUAAUUGUCGUUAUGAAAUUUCACAUUGAAAGGAAUAAUUAAAUUUCAGGGAAUGCCGAAGGAAGAACGUGAAAUUAUAUCAAUACAUUAAUUGGCUAUUUGGAUGUAACCAAUGUUAUUUGUCUAAUACUUUGUGUUGGUGCUGACUGAAUUCUCUCAGUCGGGUUUGCAGUAUGGUCACCAAGCUGGGUGACCUGCAAUUACCUUGCACUUCUAGUUGAGAUCAGUUGAUUUGUGUCUCUGAACUGUGUGCCUUUCUUGUGCGAGGUGUAUUUUCUACCAAAAUGUUAUGUAAGGAAAUUUUCGUGAUAAUUUCAAAAAAAACUUUUAUUCGUGUUUCGCCUACUAGAUUCGUCUCUGCGUGUAAGAUUACGGUAUUUUGGCUACACCAUUGAAACGAAUUACAACAGUUUCCAACCUACACUCCUAAAUCCAAAAAUCCCUAUUCUCUGUGUAAAUACUUUUGUGAAAAUAUUUCAUAUAUAUUUUACUCGGGUGUAGUUACAUUUCAUUGAAACAAUUUACCCAAAAUUUCGAAAAAAAUUUAAAUCCUUUAUUAAAAUGGGUUCCUGUUCGUUCCUAGGCACCAGCUUUUAUACAAAAGACGAAGCAGGCCCGUCGGCGCUGAGUCUGCCCCACAUGAAAUUAUUAACAAGCUAUCGGCAAGUGGUUUUAAGGCGAAACACAAACAUCGACCUUCCUGUCGUCACUUUCGCCCUACUGUUCGAACCAAGCCAAAGUGCGACGAUACAGGUGAGGACGUAAGUUCUCCAUCUGGCUUUCUGGAGACAGAAGGAUCUGAAAAUCCUCUUCCUUCAACGUCUGUAACCAACGGUAAGUUUGUUUGGGAAUGUAGAUAACUUGAUCUUUCAGUGAAUUAACUUGGUAUGUAUACAUAUUUAUUUUCGCAGUGGCGUAUUUUAAUAGUUGGGCUAUUUCAUUCACCUAUUCCCCUUUAUGAAUUUGAGUAAAGCAAACAACGGUUUCAGCCGAAUAACAUAAUUUUGUUUCGUCCGUUUCUUGACAGCUGGAUACAGCCUGAAAAAUUAUUAGGCAUGUAUGCAGAGGAGUUUUAACGUACUUGCGAAGGCAAUAUGAUGUCAGUUUAUAGAAGGCUGUAAUCAUAAAUUGUACUCCAAGGCAUUUAGAAGACAAAUGCAUUAUUCAAAUUUAUCAAAGGAACUGAUUUUUCUAACUUAUAUAUAACUUUAAAAAAUCAGAUGCUUCGUUCAUUAACCCGCAAAGAAGAUUCCUGAUCAUUCGUUAACGACUGGCUGCAUAUAAUGUGAAUGAUAAAUUUUAGUUAGUUGAAAGCCUGGGCCAUAAUAACGUUUCCAAUCAGUUCAUAUUGUUAUUUGGUGUAACUCUGGAUCAUAAGCAUCCUGAUUCAUGAGACCAUCUUUAUUAUUUGUUAGCAUUUUGGACUUCUUCCUGUACAAGUGCUGGAAUUUAAACCCCUACUAAUUGAUGUGUAACAAGGAUGUGCUAUUCCGAUUUGAUAAUACUGUCUACCGUCAAGUAGAUGAUAUAGCUAUGGUUAAUCCACUAGGAGGUCCUGUAUUAACAAACACCAUGUUUAAUUUAAAGAGAACAAAGCUUAAAUGUGCAAUCGACGAAACAGCUUAUCGUCGAUGUGUUGAUAACACAUUCGUGACAAUGGAACCUAUGCAUCCUAUCUACUUGGACCAUUCAGUGAUACACAUGGAAAUACUGAGUUUACUGUGG